GGAUAGGCUUAAGUGAGCAGCAAGUGGAGGAGGCCAUUAUUUCUGAUGACAAGUUUCAACUCACAGAACAAUUCUUUGCCCCUAGUGGACUGAAAAAGUUGCUCUUCUUUUACCAAGAUGUAUUGCAGCAAAAGUCAAAUGCAUCAUCGACGUCAGAUGGGUCAAUGAGCAGCCUGCUUCAGAAGAAAUUAUUUAUUACCAUGGGUUCUACUGAGGACUUUAAAGGAACCUGUGCAUUUUUCCUAAGGACAUCAGAUAAAGUUAUAACUGCAUCAAAUGUUUCCCAGGAGGUGAAUUUUGGCAUAUUUGAUUGUGCUAAUGGAAAUAUCCUUCAGGGCCUGGAACAUUUCUUGUCCCAAAUCAUGAUACCAGCACUUAAGUCACAACAGAACUGGGGAGCUGUGAAAGAAGGCUUGAAGAACAGCCAGAUACAAGACUUUCUGUAUUCAGUAGAUAAAUUUGUGGGUACUUUGUCAUCAUCAAGACAGAAUUUAGAAGAUAAAGUUCAGCUUAAAAAAGUGGAUAUUGAUAUUUAUAUUAGCAACUUACAAAACCCAUCUGACUACAUAACUGCAGGCAGUAACACAGAGGUCACAGAGAAACUUGAAGAAGCGGUUGUGAUCUGGAUCAAACAGAUCAGACAAUUUUUAGCGGAGAGUGAACAAAUGAGAAGAGAAGCUGAUGACAUUGGUCCAUCUGCAGAGCUGGAACACUGGAAGACAAGAAUGUCAUCAUUUAACAGCCUUUUAGAUGAGAUCAAGAGUUCAAGAGUAAAGAAAAUUAUAAGUAUACUUCAGGCGGCAAGAUCAAAGACAUUAAAGCAGUGGAAAGAGCUGGAUGUUAGUAUAACAGUUGCUGCCAAUGAAGCUAAAGACAAUGUGAGAUAUUUAUAUACGUUGGAUAAAUUUUUUGGUCCACUUGCUAAAGCUUCACCUGUAACAAUGAUGGAACACGUACCCAGUUUAAUGAAUACUGUCUAUAUGAUCUACUGUAUAUCACCGUACUACAACACGUCAGAGCGCAUGACGUCUCUUCUUCUUAAAAUCACUAAUCAAAUGAUUAAGACGUGCAAGACUUAUCUAUGUGAAGGUGUUUCAAAAAUCUGGGAUCUGGACAGGCAAGAAUUGCUAAAGAGGAUACAGCAAUGCAUUUCCCUCAAAGAACAAUACCAAACAUCCUUUCAGAGAAUUAAGGAGGAGCUAAAGGAAAAUCCAAGUGACAGGCAAUUUGAUUUCAGUGAAAACUAUAUAUUUGGAAAAUUUGAUACAUUCUGUAAACGUUUGGAGAAGAUUUCAGAUAUGAGCAAUGUUAUGGAAAGCCUUUUAGAGCUUCAUUGUAUAAAAAUAGAAGGUAUUGAAGAGAUCAGUGCUCAUUACCAAAGCAUUGCUACAAACACCAAAUCCAAACAGUAUGAUGUUCUGGAUCACAGAAAAAAAGAGUUUGAAAAAGAUUACCUUGAAUUUAAGAACCAAAUUGCAGCAUUAUAUGAGUCCAUACAAGAAUUUGUGGAUUCCUGGUUUGAGAAGACUGUAACUACUGAACAGAUGCUGGGACUUCUGAUGAAGCUUGAACAAAUAGGAGAAGAUCGUAUUGAUCUUAAUGAGAAGUAUACCAUUGUCCUUCAGCAGUACAGCCAGGACAUAGAGUUUGUUCGAAAACUAUACCAGAAGCAGAAAGAAAACCCACCUAUACCACGUAAUAUACCACCAGUAACAGGGAAGAUUAUGUGGGCUCAGCAGUUAUACAGAAAAAUUGACCAUCCAAUGACAUUCCUUAAAACGAAAACCACACUUUUGAAGACACUGGAAAUGAAAAAAGUUGUUAAGAGCUACAAUAAAAUGGCUUCAGUUCUUUUGGAAUUUGAACUUAUUUAUCAUAGGGCCUGGUGCAGGUUUGCUGACCAGGCUAGAAAUGCUCUGUGUACUUCCUUACUUGUCAGGCACCCAGAAACCAAGGAGUUACUUGUAAACUUGAACCCAGCGGUCCUGGAAGUACUUUAUGAAACAAAAUACCUGAAAAAAAUGCAUUUUGAAGUUCCAGAUGUUGUCCUUGGCUUGUGUGCAGAUGAAGAGCAGAUUAAAAGACAUCAAAUGGAACUCCAGAAUCUGUUGAUUGAUUACAAACAAUGUCUGAAUGGGAUUCCUGUUAUACUGAAACCACUGAUGAAGCCAUUCAUAGAACAAGUUGAGGAUGCCCUUACUCCAGGCCUGAUGCAGCUGUCAUGGACUUCUUUGAACAUCAAUAAAUUUAUUGAGAAUGUUUAUAGUACCCUGAGGGAGUUGGACUACGUGGUCAAAGAAGCAGCUGAUACCCUGGAAUGCAGAAUUGAAAGAAUUCUGGAAGAUAUGUCGAACACUGCUCUGAUAAUUUUGCCAGAAGAUGAACCUAUAGAUGUGCUUUCUUUCCUGGAACAGAUAGAAAAACUUGCUGUCUCUACUGCUCACAAACUGUCUCAACAGAGUCAGCAAGUGGAAUGCUCUGUGUAUGAAAUGGUAGAUAUUCUUAAGCACAGACUGAAAGCAGAUGCUGGAAGAUCUCUGGAGGAUUCAUAUGCCUGUACAUAUCUUGACAUGAAACAGAAAACACGCUGCCAAGGAUGCCUGUCCUGUAGUUGCUAUAAUCUGGUGGGACAGCUUUGUCAGAAGAAUACUGACUCUUUGGUCAGAUGCAUGAAGAUUUCUCUAGAGUCCUUAAGACAUCGAUUGCGUGUUGUUGACUUGAGGUAUCAGACGACCAAGUUUGUAGAGACACAGAGGGUUCCCUUGUUUAAAGCUGAAAUUCAACUGGCUAUUCCAAAUGUUGUCCUGAGGCCAAGUCUUGAAGAUAUUCAGAGUGCUGUAAACAAAGCUGUAAAUAUCGUAUUAUCAAUAGCCAAAGAUAUCCCCCUGUGGAAAUUUGCUUACUUUCAUCAUAAACAGCAGCAGAUUGAACAAGGUUUUGCUGUAGAGCUAGGUGAUGAGAGCAAACUUAACAGGAUGGUGGCACUGAAAGCUUUGGACAAGCAGAUCAUCGAGCAUAAGGAUGUAAACAAACUGGUGAUCCAACUAAAUACAAUUAUUUUAUCUCUUAAAACCGAAGCACUGGAUCUUCUGAACAGCUUUUCUGAAUUUUCAGGCAUCUGGAACAAGGAUCCAGAGGAAAAAGUGAGGGAAUUUAUAGAUACUAAACCAACAGUGGCUGAAUUCCAAACUCAAAUCAGAUACUUUUCUCAAUUAGAAAUGCAAAUCAGAGAACUACCAAAUCACUGUGUACUGGAAUCAGUGGAUAUUGCGACAGAGUCAUUGAAAAUAGCUUUAAUUCAGGAAUGCCGCUCAAGACAAAGAGCAUUUGGAUUAGCUUUGAAUAAAAAGUCUGCCACAGACAUGGAUGAAAUUUAUUCAUUCAUUGAAAAUGUUAGCAAGAGAUUAAGCAGACCUAUCCAUGACCUUGAUGAUAUACGGGGAGCAAUGGAAGCACUAAAGGAAAUCCGAGACAAUGAGAUUAAAAUUGACAUGACAGUUGGACCUAUAGAAGAAUCUUAUUCUGUGCUUCAUAAAUACAGUCUGCUCUUUCAAGAUGGAAAUACAGAAAGAGUUGAUGGAUUGGCUUAUGCCUGGAAGAACCUAAACACACAGGCACUGCAGGUUGAGGACUUGCUGCUGAAGGUACAGCCAGACAUGAAAACAGAUUUACUGAGGGGUGUUCAAGAAUUCCAGAUUGAUACUGCAAAAUUUUACAAAGAUUAUGAUGAAAAGGGCCCCAGUGAGGAGAAUGUUCCUCCCCAUGAAGCAAGUGACAGAUUACAGAUCUUCCAAGCCAAAUUUGAUGAACUGUGGAGGAAGUAUAUCUCUCUUUCUGGUGGGGAAGAAUUAUUUGGUCUUCCCGUCACAGAGUAUCCUGAACUGCACAAAAUUAAACGUGAACUUGCAUUGCUUCAGAAACUUUACAGUCUUUGUAAUUCCGUUACUGCUAAUAUCGAUGGGUACAAUGAAAUGCUUUGGAAUGAUUUAAAUAUUGAAAAAAUCAACAAUGAACUUCUGGAUUUUCAAAACAAAAUCCGUAAGUUACCAAAAGCAUUGAAGGAAUGGCAAGCUUUUCAAGACCUAAAAAAAAAAAUUGAUGACUUCAGAGAGACCUGUCCUUUGCUUGAAAUGAUGGCAAACAAAGCAGUGGUGUCACGACACUGGGAAAGAAUUGCGCAAGUAACUGGGCAUCACUUUGAUGUUGACUCUGAAAAUUUAUCUUUGAAAAACAUAAUGGAUGCCCCUUUAUUAAAGUAUAAAGAAGAUAUUGAGGAUAUCUGCAUCGGUGCUAUUAAAGAAAAGGAUAUUGAAGCAAAAUUGAAGCAUGUCAUUAGUGAAUGGAGCACUCAUGCUUUCAGUUUUGGCCAGUUCAAAACUCGAGGAGAACUCCUUCUGAAAGGUUCAGAUAUAAUGGAGAAAAUAGCUUUGGUGGAAGACAGCCUCGUGAUAUUGGGGUCGCUCAUGAGCAACAGGUAUAACGCACCGUUUAAGUCCACUAUACAACAGUGGGUUCAGAAGUUGACCAAUACUGCAGAAAUAAUUGAAAACUGGAUUACUGUACAAAACCUCUGGAUUUACCUUGAAGCUGUGUUUGUUGGUGGAGACAUUGCAAAACAACUUCCUCAGGAAGCCAGAAGAUUUCAGAACAUUGAUAAAUCAUGGCAGAGAAUUAUGCAGAGAGCCCAUGAAACAUCGAAUGUUGUGCAGUGCUGUGUUGGAGAUGAGACUUUGGCACAGCUAUUACCACAUUUGCUGGAACAAUUGGAAAUCUGUCAGAAAUCGCUGACAGGGUAUUUGGAAAAAAAACGGUUAAUAUUUCCAAGAUUUUUUUUUGUGUCUGAUCCUGCUCUUCUGGAAAUUCUUGGUCAAGCAUCUGAUUCCCACACUAUUCAGGGCAAUGUGGAAUUCUGGUUAGGUCAGCUGCUGAAUGGGAUUAGGAAAACAAUCCACACCAUCAUUAGACAGGCAUCAAUGGCCAUUAGCGAUUCAGCAUUUAAGCUGUAUGACUUUCAGGCAAUGUUUCCUGCACAAAUAGGACUUCUGGGAAUUCAAAUGAUCUGGACCAGAGAUGCAGAGAAUGCACUGAACAGUGCCAAAACAGACAAAAAGGUAAUGCACACAACAAAUCAGAAGUUUUUGGAACUUUUAAAUGAUUUGAUUGACAUGACAACACACAACCUGACAAGAAUGGAGCGCACAAAAUAUGAAACUUUAAUCACCAUUCACGUGCAUCAGAAGGAUAUCUUUGAUGAUUUGGUCCGUAUGAACAUUAAAUCUCCAUCUGAUUUUGAAUGGCAAAAACAGUCUCGAUUCUAUUUUCUUGAAGACUUGGAUAAAUGCAUUAUCCAAAUCACUGAUGUAGAGUUCACCUACUGCAAUGAAUACUUAGGGUGUACAGACAGGCUUGUAAUAACUCCCUUAACUGACAGGUGUUACAUCACUCUGGCACAGGCCCUGGGCAUGAGUAUGGGUGGUGCACCAGCAGGGCCUGCAGGGACAGGGAAAACAGAGACAACUAAAGACAUGGGCAAAUGCCUGGGAAAGUAUGUUGUUGUUUUCAAUUGUUCAGACCAAAUGGACUACAGAGGACUUGGCCGUAUCUAUAAAGGUUUAGCUCAGUCAGGUGCAUGGGGUUGCUUUGAUGAAUUUAACCGUAUUGAACUUCCAGUUUUAUCAGUAGCUGCUCAGCAGAUAUAUAUUGUACUUCAGUGUAAGAAAAAUAAGAAACCUCAGUUCAUUUUCACUGACGGUGAUAUUGUUGACAUGGACAGAGAAUUUGGUAUAUUUCUGACUAUGAACCCCGGCUAUGCAGGACGACAGGAACUUCCAGAAAAUCUGAAGAUUCAGUUUCGCACAGUUGCUAUGAUGGUGCCUGACCGUAGCAUUAUUAUGCGAGUCAAGCUGGCAAGUGCUGGUUUCCGAGACAACGAAGUCCUUAGUCGAAAAUUCUAUACACUCUACAAACUCUGUGAAGAACAGUUAUCUAAACAGGUUCACUAUGACUUUGGGCUUAGAAAUAUCCUGUCUGUUUUAAGAACACUUGGAGCAGUGAAAAGAUCUAAUCCCAAAGAGCCAGAGAAAACUGUAGUGAUGAGAGUUCUGCGGGACAUGAACCUCUCCAAACUGGUGGAUGAAGAUGAACCUUUAUUUAUGAGUCUCAUUAAUGACCUGUUCCCUGGAAUUACUUUGGAUAAAGCUGGGUAUCCUGAACUACAGUCAGCCAUCCAGAAACAGGCAGAGAAAGCAGGGCUUAUUCAUCAUCCACCGUGGAUACUUAAACUCAUUCAGCUGUAUGAAACUCAGCAAGUCCGACAUGGUAUGAUGACUCUAGGUCCAACUGGUGCAGGGAAGACAAAAUGCAUUAAUAUUUUGAUGAAAGCAAUGACAGAUUGUGGUGCUCCUCAUAAAGAGAUGAGAAUGAACCCAAAGGCAAUCACAGCUUCCCAGAUGUUUGGUACCCUUGAUGUUGCUACAAAUGACUGGACAGAUGGUAUUUUCUCUACAUUAUGGAGAAAAACUUUAAAAGCAAAGAAGGGUGAGCAUAUCUGGAUAGUUUUGGAUGGACCUGUUGAUGCAAUAUGGAUUGAAAACCUGAACUCUGUUCUGGAUGAUAAUAAGACCCUUACUUUGGCCAAUGGAGAUCGUAUUCCCAUGUCCCCCAGUUGCAAAAUUAUUUUUGAACCUCACAACAUUGACAAUGCUUCCCCUGCAACAGUUUCUCGUAAUGGGAUGGUCUUCAUGAGUUCUUCGGUGUUGGAUUGGAAGCCUAUUUUAAGGGCUUGGCUGCAAACGCUACCUGUUACAUACUCUGAUGUCCUAUGGAAUUGCUUUAAUGCAGUAUUUCAGGAUGUGAUAGAUUUUGUUUUCUCUGCUGUGACACCAAAAAUGCCAAUUUUAGAAUGUAUGUACAUCAAACAAGCUAUUGACCUCCUACAGGGUUUAUUGUCCGACAGAGAUGAGAAACAGCUCAGUGAAGAACAUAUUGCUCGCUUGUUCAUUUUUGCUGUAAUGUGGUCAGCUGGAGCUCUUUUGGAACCAGAUGACAGGCUGAAAAUGGAGCUGUUCCUACGGAAGCACUCAGCAGUGAAAGAACUUCCAUCUGUGACUGGAGAAGAAACCAUAUUUGAAUUUGGUAUCAAUGCUUGUGGCCAGUGGGAGCACUGGUCAAAGAAGGUCCCUGAAUAUAUUUAUCCUAAGGAUUCAGUACCAGAAUAUACUUCCAUUCUAGUUCCAAAUGUAGAUAGUGUCCGAACAAACUUUCUAAUGCACGCUAUCAUGAGGCAAGGAAAAGCUGUUCUGCUAAUUGGGGAACAGGGAACAGCCAAAACAGUUAUGAUUAAGGAUUACACAAGCAAGUAUGACCCUGAUGUUCACUUGACCAAAUGCCUAAACUUUUCUUCUGCAACUCAGCCAACUAUGUUCCAAAGGAGCAUAGAAAGUUACAUAGAUAAAAGAAUGGGCACCACAUAUGGUCCUCCAGCAGGGAAGAAAAUGACUGUCUUUAUUGAUGACAUCAACAUGCCUGUGAUUAAUGAGUGGGGUGAUCAGAUCACCAAUGAGAUUGUAAGGCAGCUGAUGGAACAGAAAGGUUUCUAUAAUUUGGAGAAGCCGGGAGAAUUCACGAAUGUUGUUGACAUCCUGUUUGUAGCUGCUAUGAUUCACCCUGGGGGAGGUCGGAAUGACAUCCCACAGCGCCUGAAACGCCAUUUCACCAUCUACAACUGCACACUGCCUUCCAGUUCCUCUAUUGACAAAAUAUUUCGAACAAUAGCUGAAGGCUAUUUCUGUGAACAACGGUGUUUCCCUGCAGAAGUAUGUAAACUGGCCUCAGCAUUGGUAUCUACAACUCAAAAGGUUUGGCAAGCAACAAAAGCAAAGAUGUUACCAACUCCAGCUAAAUUUCAUUACGUCUUUAAUUUACGAGACCUCAGUCGUAUUUGGCAAGGAAUACUUACAGUUACUUCUGAAGUCUGCCAGAGCAUCAGUGUUUUGGUAGCCUUGUUCCAGCAUGAAUGCAGACGUGUUAUUGCAGACAGGUUCAUCAGCCAAAGUGAUAAAGACUGGUUUGAAGAUAUGAUGAAAAAGAUUGCUUCUGCAGAACAUGGCCAAAAUCUAUUUGAAGAUAAAUCUACAGAAUUGUACUUUGUGGAUUUCUUGCGUGAUGUCCCAGAAGCUACUGGAGAUGAACCUGAUGAUGCAGAGUUGAAGGCUCCUAAAAUUUAUGAGCCUAUCCCAUCUUUGGAUUAUUUGGCUGAACGAUUACAGAUGUUCAUGCAACAGUACAAUGAAACCAUCAGAGGAUCGAAGAUGGAUUUAGUAUUUUUCAAGGAUGCAGUCAUCCAUUUGAUUAAAAUAUCACGGAUUAUUCGUACUCCACAAGGAAAUGCAUUGUUGGUGGGUGUGGGUGGAUCUGGAAAACAGAGUCUGACCAGACUAGCAUCAUAUAUUGCUGGAUAUGAGAGCUUUCAAAUUACUUUAACAAGAACAUAUGCCACCAACAACCUUUUGGAUGAUCUGAAAAUCUUGUACCGCACUGCUGGGCAAAAAGGAAAGAGCAUUGUCUUUAUAUUCACAGACAAUGAAAUCAGAGAUGAAUCUUUUCUUGAGUACAUGAACAAUGUCUUGGCUUCAGGUGAAGUCUCAAAUCUUUUUGCACGAGAUGAAAUAGGUGAAAUCACACAAGACCUGAUACUGGCAAUGAAGAAGGAGUACCCAAGACGUACUCCCACUGCUGAAAAUCUUUAUAAUUACUUUCUUGCUCGAGUUCGUAACAACCUUCAUGUGGUUCUUUGUUUUUCUCCUGUUGGGGAAAAAUUCAGAACUCGUGCGCUCAAAUUUCCAGGUCUGAUUUCAGGCUGUACCAUGGACUGGUUCCAGUGCUGGCCUAAAGAUGCUCUUGUAGCAGUUGCACAGCAUUUUUUAGUUUCCUACCAUAUUGAGUGCACAGAUGAAGUGAAACAGAGUGUUGUUAACACCAUGGGAACAUUUCAAGAUAUUGUAGCUGAAAAAUGUGUUGAAUACUUCGAACGAUAUAGGCGACGAACAUUUGUGACUCCAAAAUCUUACCUGUCUUUCAUUGGAGGCUACAAAACUAUUUACAAAGAGAAGUUUACCAAUCUUGGAAGUUUGUCUGAACGCAUGAGAACAGGUCUUGCAAAACUGAUGGAAGCUGAGGUUUCAGUAAAUCAGCUCUCCAAAGAGUUGGUGACAAAGGAGAAAGAUUUGGCUGUAGCUUCAAAAAAAGCUGAUGAAGUUUUAUUGGAAGUAACUAUGAAAGCCCAGGCUGCCGAAAAGGUGAAAAUGCAGGUGCAGAAGGUAAAAGACAAGGCUCAGGCUAUUGUGGAUGACAUUGCCAUUGAUAAAGCAGCUGCAGAAGAGAAGCUUGAAGCUGCGAGACCUGCAUUGGAAGAAGCUGAGGCAGCUUUGCAGACAAUAAAACCUUCUGACAUUGCAACUGUUCGCAAACUGGGUAAACCUCCUCACUUGAUAAUGCGAAUUAUGGAUUGUGUGCUACUUUUAUUCCAAAGGAAAAUAGACUCAGUAACACCUGAUCAAGAACGCCCAUGUGUGAAACCAUCAUGGACAGAGGCUCUGAAGCUAAUGAAUAAUUCAGGAUUUCUUAGCAUGUUGCUUACUUUCCAGAAGGACUCAAUUACAGGAGAAACUGUGGAGCUUUUAGAGCCUUAUUUGGAUAUGGAGGAUUAUAAUCUUGAGACUGCUAAAAAAGUAUGUGGAAACGUAGCAGGUCUUUGCUCAUGGACACAAGCAAUGGCUUACUUCUAUGGUAUUAAUAAAGAAGUUCUUCCUCUUAAGGCAAAUUUAGCCCUGCAAGAAGGAAGACUUGCAGCUGCCCAAAUGGAACUGAAUAAUGCACAAAUUCAGCUGGAUGAGAAGCAGAUGGAACUGGAUCAAGUACAAGCCAUGUAUGAUACUGCUAUGAAAGAGAAGCAGGCUUUACUUGAUGAUGCUGAGGCAUGCAGAAGGAAGAUGAACAAUGCCACAGCUCUGAUUGAAGGGUUAGGUGGAGAAAAGCUUCGUUGGACAGCAAGCAGCAAAAACUUUCAAAAUCAAAUUAUUAAUUUAGUGGGGAAUGUUCUUCUGGCCACUGGAUUUCUCUCUUACUCUGGACCUUUCAAUCAGGAGUAUAGGAAUUUGCUGCUCCAAUUGUGGAAGAAAGAGAUGGACAGCAGCAACAUUCCGUACAGUAAUGACCUGAACCUUACUGGUAUGCUUGUUGACAAUGCGACAGUGAGUGAAUGGAACCUCCAGGGUCUUCCGAAUGAUGACCUUUCGAUUCAGAAUGGCAUCAUUGUCACAAAAGCAUCUAGAUAUCCUUUGCUGAUCGAUCCACAAGGUCAAGGGAAGACCUGGAUUAAAAAUAAGGAAAAGAAUAAUGGACUCCAGGUUACAGCUAUGAACCACAAGUUCUUCAGAAGUCAUGUGGAAGACUGCCUGUCUCUUGGCCGACCUUUGUUAAUUGAAGAUGUUGGAGAGGACCUUGAUCCUGCUCUAGAUAACAUCUUGGAAAAAAAUUUCAUAAAAUCUGGUUCAGCCUACAAAGUGAAAGUAGGUGACAAAGAGGUAGAUCUGAUGAAGGGGUUUACCCUUUACAUGACAACAAAACUGGCUAAUCCUGCCUAUACUCCAGAAAUUAGUGCAAGAACAACUGUGAUUGACUUUACUGUUACUAUGAAAGGGCUGGAAGAUCAGCUCCUUGGCCGUGUCAUCGUCACAGAAAAACAGGAACUGGAGGCAGAAAGAGUCAAACUGAUGGAAGAAGUGACAUCUAACAAGAGGAAAAUGCAGGAGCUUGAAGAUAAUCUACUCUUCCGUCUAACCAGUACAGAGGGCUCUUUGGUUGAAGAUGAGUCCCUGAUAGAAGUCCUAAGAAUCACGAAAACAACAGCAGAAGAGGUCAGUGAAAAAUUAAACAUAGCAGCAGAGACAGAGGUGAAAAUCAAUACUGCACGUGAAGAGUAUCGGCCUGUUGCUGGUCGUGGAAGCAUCCUUUAUUUCCUAAUUGUGGAAAUGAGCUUGGUUAAUGUCAUGUACCAAACAUCCUUACGGCAGUUCCUUGGCAUUUUUGACCUAUCAGUGGAAAGAUCUCAGAAAUCUCAAAUCACAGCAAAAAGGGUAGUAUAUGUAAUCGAGCAUCUCACCUAUGAAGUCUUCAAGUACACAGUUCGAGGGCUGUAUGAAAAUCACAGAUUCCUGUUUACAUUGCUUCUGGCACUGAAGAUUGACUUGCAGGCCAAGAAAAUUUCACACACUGAGUUUGAGACACUGAUCAAAGGAGGUGCCAAUUUGGAUCUGAAUUCUGUGGAACCAAAACCAAAGAAGUGGAUCCUUGACAUGACAUGGCUCAAUCUUGUGCAGUUAUCUAGCCUGAACCCUUUUAACCAACUACUGGUGCAAGUUGUUAGGAAUGAGAAGUCCUGGAAAACUUGGUUUGAUGAAGCAGCACCUGAAAAAGCUGUUAUUCCUGAUGGAUAUGACAGCUUACUGGAUCAAUUCCGUAAACUGCUCCUUGUCCGUAGCUGGUGCCCUGAUCAUACUGUUGCCCAAGCUCGACACUACAUUGCAGAAUCUCUUGGAGGGAAAUACGCAGAAGGAUUUAUUCUUGAAAUGGAAGCAAUGUGGACAGAAAGUGACUGUCGAACACCUUUGACAUGCUUUUUAUCAAUGGGGUCUGACCCCACUGAAAAUAUAGAACGUCUUGCAAAAUCAAAGAACAUUCCUUGUUGUGCCAUUUCAAUGGGUCAGGGCCAGGAAGUCCAUGCAAGGCGCCUGCUAAAUCAAUGCAUGCAAGAUGGAGGAUGGCUCCUUCUACAGAACUGCCACCUUGGCUUGGAGUUUCUUAGUGAAUUAAUGGACACCAUUGCAACAACAGAAUCUAUGAAUGAAAGUUUCAGGACCUGGAUCACUACAGAGGCUCACCCAGAGUUUCCUAUCAAUCUUUUACAGUCCUCUAUCAAAUUUACUAAUGAACCCCCUCAAGGUAUGAAAGCUGGCUUAAAACGAACAUACUCAGCUGUUACUCAGGAUCACCUAGAAGUGAGCAACAUGCCACAGUGGAAACCAUUGCUAUAUGCUGUAGCAUUUCUUCACUCAACUGUUCAGGAAAGACGAAAGUUUGGUCCGCUGGGCUGGAAUAUUCCUUAUGAAUUUAAUCAGGCAGACUUUGCAGCCAGUGUGCAAUUUGUUCAGAACCAUUUGGAUGACACGGACAUUAAACGUGGAGUGAACUGGAGCUGUGUUCGCUAUAUGCUUGGAGAAGUACAGUAUGGUGGCCGUGUAACUGAUGAUCUUGACAAAGCACUGCUGAAUACAUAUGCAAGAGUGUGGUUUGGAGAGCAUAUGUUUAGUGAAAAAUUUUGUUUCUACAAAGAUUAUGUUAUUCCAAAAGGGAAAACAGUUGAAGACUAUCUCCAGUACAUAGAACAACUGCCAGUGAUUGAUACACCUGAGGUAUUUGGACUUCACCCUAACGCAGAUAUCACUUACCAAACUAACCUGGCUAACGAGACAUUAAGUACAAUAGUAAGCAUCCAGCCCAAAGACAGCAGCAUUGGAGGAGGGGAAACCCGAGAAGCAGUAGUACAGCGCCUUGCUGAUGAGAUGCUAGAGAAGUUACCUCCAGAUUAUAACCCUCAUGAGGUGAAAGCCCAGCUUCAAAAGAUGGGAGCUAUUCAACCCAUAAACAUAUUUCUCCGUCAAGAAAUUGACCGCAUGCAACAUGUUAUAUCAAGAGUUCGAACUACACUGACUGAUCUCAAAUUGGCUAUCGAUGGAACUAUAAUUAUGUCAGAAGAAUUGCAAGAUGCUUUAGAUAAUAUGUAUGAUGCUAGAAUUCCAAAACUAUGGCUUAGGAUUUCCUGGGAGUCGACUACUUUAGGAUUUUGGUUUACUGAGCUUCUUGAAAGAAACCAGCAGUUCAGCAGUUGGCUGCAGGAUGGCCGCCCAAACCAGUUCUGGAUGACAGGAUUCUUUAAUCCACAGGGAUUCCUAACUGCUGUGAGGCAAGAGACAACUCGCAUGAAUUUAGCAAAAGGGUGGGCACUCGACAGUGUUGUUUUACACAAUGAAGUGACCAAGAUGAUGAAAGAAGAUGUUGUUGGACCUCCUCCUGCUGACAUUGGUGGGGCUUACAUAUAUGGCCUUUUCCUUGAAGGGGCAGGUUGGGACCGCAGAAACAGUAAGCUGGUCGAGUCAGCACCAAAGGUGCUGUUCACAAGUCUUCCUGUAGUCCAUGUGUACGCUGUCAGCACAACAGCCCCACAUGACCCAAAGAAGCAACAAGGAAGCGUGUACGCCUGCCCUGUCUACAAAAAGCCCCGGAGAACAGAUCUGACAUACAUUUUCUCAUUGUAUCUGAAAACAGUGAAGAAUCCUGAUCAUUGGACUUUACGGGGGGUUGCACUGCUCUGCAGUUCAAAAUAAGGACAGAUAGCUAUUAAAAAAGGAGCACCUAGGAAGAUUGAUCUGCAGCCACUAGGACUUUUGUUAUUGUUGGGUGGUGGCUACCUUCUCACAGGGGUGUGGGGAUUAGCAAGUGAUGUACAGAGAUUUUGUUAAUUGCACAUAGAUCAGUUUACUCUGUUCACAGCAAACAUGCUAAAUGUGUUUAUCCUGGGAAUAUCAGAGAGAAAACAGUUGCAGGUGUAAAAUUUGGCAACUGUUAUAAGGAAAGUGAGAAUAUAAUCAACUAGCUUGCUUAUAACGGAAUCACUAGGAAAAAAGUCCUUAUGGUAGUGACAACUGCUCUAACAUUUAUGGUGGUUCUUUUGUAGCUGUUAUUUUUUCUUCUUCAUACAAGACUUUUUCAUAAUAUAAUGUUUUUUACAUUCAACUUUGUAGUUAAAAACUUAUAAUCUAUAGCAUUAUUAAAGCUGUAAUGACUAGUGAAUUAAACAUAUGGUAAAACUUUAUGUUUAUCUGCAUACAUUACAUUGCGCAGUUUCUUUGAUUUUGCAUUUGUAAACUUACAGGGUGGUUUUACAAAUGGAUGCUACCAUUUCCUUGAAUAGUCACUCAUUUAUGCGAAUUAUCAUAGAAGCUGUACAAACAGGUGAAUUUUGUGUUUGCACAAGUAGUGGCCUUUGCACAUAUUAACUGAUUUCUAAACCUAUAUCCCGCUAUAAAGAUGUGCACACCCCCUAUUAUUAGCAAGAAAAAAG